AUGCAGACAGCGCGUUUGGGAGGUGUAGUGGAAGAAAGGCAAGAGAAACGGAGUAAAUGAGAGCACUUUUGUCCAGAUUGUUGAAGGACCUAUCAACUUAAUAUACCGCCGAAACAGCUCACUAUAAUGAGACGGACACAGUGUUGAAUUCCUGUCCAGGUAAAUGUCCGCCUUUCCUUCGCAUGGUUAACUACAAGAGGUCGACAGCUAGACAGGGUAACCACCAUAGUGAAGGCGGCUGUAAACCCUGGGCUCCGGCACAGGGCUGAGUGAAGGAAAUUUGAGAAACAAAGCUGUGUCUCUCUUUGUGGGAACCCUGGAUCCUCCACCCUGCCCACCAACAUGACCAAUGUGGUGAUCGUCAAGGAGGGAUGGCUGCAUAAAAGAGGGGAAUACAUCAAAACCUGGAGGCCGAGGUAUUUUCUCCUGAAGAGUGAUGGUACAUUCAUUGGCUACAAAGAGAGGCCGCAAGAUGUUGACCAGCUGGAAACCCCCUUAAAUAACUUCUCUGUAGCACAGUGCCAGCUGAUGAAGACGGAACGGCCUAAGCCCAACACAUUUAUCAUCCGCUGCCUGCAGUGGACCACUGUCAUCGAGCGCACCUUCCAUGUGGAGACCCCCGAGGAGAGGGAAGAAUGGACUAAAGCCAUCCAGACAGUGGCUGUGGGCCUGCAGAAACAAGAGGAGGAGAUGAUGGACUCCUCCCCGGACCCCAUGGACAUGGAGGUCUAUCUGACCAAACCCAGACACAAAGUGACUAUGCAUGACUUUGAAUACCUCAAACUCCUGGGAAAAGGCACUUUUGGCAAAGUUAUCUUGGUAAAGGAGAAGGCCACAGGACGCUACUACGCCAUGAAGAUCCUCAAGAAGGAGGUGAUCGUAGCAAAAGAUGAAGUGGCACACACACUCACAGAGAACAGAGUCCUCCAGAAUUCAAAGCAUCCGUUCUUGACAGGCCUGAAAUACUCCUUCCAGACACAUGACCGUUUGUGCUUUGUAAUGGAGUAUGCAAACGGUGGUGAGCUUUUCUUCCAUCUGUCAAGGGACAGGGUAUUCUCAGAGGAGCGGGCCCGGUUCUAUGGUGCAGAGAUAGUGUCAGCACUGGACUACCUGCAUGCUGAAAGGAACGUAGUCUAUCGAGAUCUGAAGCUGGAAAACCUCAUGCUGGACAAAGACGGACACAUAAAGAUCACAGACUUUGGCCUGUGCAAAGAGGGCAUCAAAGAUGGUGCUACAAUGAAAACUUUCUGUGGGACACCGGAAUACCUAGCACCUGAGGUGCUAGAAGACAACGAUUAUGGCCGUGCAGUGGAUUGGUGGGGUCUAGGGGUGGUGAUGUAUGAGAUGAUGUGUGGAAGACUGCCUUUCUACAACCAGGACCACGAGAAGCUGUUUGAGCUUAUCCUCAUGGAAGACAUCCGCUUCCCUCGUACACUUGGUCCCGAGGCUCGUUCACUGCUCUCCGGCCUUCUCAAGAAAGACCCAAUGCAGAGGUUAGGUGGAGGGCCUGAUGACGCCAAGGAAAUCAUGCAGCAUAAGUUCUUUGCUGGAAUUGAAUGGCAAGAUGUUUAUGAGAAAAAGCUGGUCCCACCCUUUAAGCCCCAAGUUACCUCGGAGACAGACACGCGAUAUUUUGACGAGGAGUUCACGGCACAGACCAUCACUAUUACACCACCAGGACAAGAUGACAGUAUGGAGUCGUUCGACAGUGAACGAAGACCUCACUUUCCCCAUUUCUCCUACUCUGCCAGUGGGACGGCCUAAACAGCUCACAUACAUUCCUCUGGUCCCACCAUCUCCCCUCUCCCCAUCCGACUGCACUCUCUAAAGACUGGGGCCGCCGCCCCGUCCUCCCAGCAUUGUCUGCAGAUGCCGUUGGUGGAUGUAAUGUUCCCAUCUGCAAGUGGUGUUAAACAGGAAGGAGGAAAUACAAGACAUAACAAAGAUAACUGUGGUCGUUCUGUGAGGCUUUCUAAGACUGACCACAGAGUUAACACUACUCUGCAUUUCCUGGUUUUUACGCUGUAUAGUGAGCAGGUACCCAAACAAUAUGAUGAAUGGGAAAAUGUAGUUCUGCACAAAUUAGGCCACUUCUAUGAAUUUUGCAAAGGGCCAUUCUGUAAGAGAAAUAUAGUAAAAUAUGAAUCAAGCAUUUCAGAAAUAAAGUAGGCAUACAGCGGACUAAAACAUAAUUUGAGCAGAGAGUGUGUUUAUUGAGUGGGUGAUAGGUUUCGUCUUUGAACAAUUGAGUUACUAUUCAGACCAGGUCUACAAGGCUUUUUGGCUUCAAAAGUGAAUGUACCGUAUCAAAUAAAGUCAGUGUUUCUGCAUACUUACUUGUUGUAACAAAUUGCUGAUUCUCCGAAGGCUGAAAUGCCAUUUUUGGAGAGGAUGUUUUAAUACUUUCCUUCAACCCUGAUGCAAAUCUGACACCAAUCUGUCUGUUAAAUUAUCACGCCACACCAUGAUGAGUCUAAUGAAUCAAUUGUGCAAUACAGUCUGAUGUGAGGAAAGGCAGACAUGCAAAGAAUACAGAGUGAUUAAUCAUUAAGGGUAAAAGCUGGCUUACAAUGGAUUUCAUUUGUAACUGUUUGCACAUCAGAGUCACUAAGAGACCCCCUUUUCCCCCAUUCCCCCCACCCCUGAAGUAAGUGCUUAUAUUUCCUGAUGCCUUCCUAUCUUGAUGCUGUCCUGCAAACAUCUCCGGGUUUCCUUCUGAUCAGACUCCUCAGUGGCCUGUCAGAAACCUUUUUCUCCUCUGGGUUUUUCCUCCAUGUACAGUAUUGGGCGUUUUCCACCCAAUGCAUUCACUGCAGCCUCAAUGAGGUCACUUUAACAUAAUACACAUCUUUAGGAAUACUUUGUAAACAAACUGGGCUUCAGGGGAAAGUACACAAAGAGUUAUCUUUGGAUUAUUAUUAUUAUUUUAAUUUUUUUUUUUUUUUUUUUGCUUUAGGGGACUUGUGUCCCUUCAUGAGCUUCUGAGUUAUUUAUGAAACCAGCAUUGACUAAAAUGACUUUUACUGUGCCAAUGAUAUGCACUUUUCUGCCCCAAAAUGAUUGUAUUUGGACUCUUAUUUGUACUUAUGGUUGGUGAAGACUAAAUUAGCUUCUUUUAUAAUGUAAAUUUAAAUGUUGUGGAUACAAAUAAAACAAGUGCUUUUUAAAUGAUUCCCCCAUUUUUACAGAUGGCUGAGGCUGAACCAAGGCUCUUGGGAACUGAAACUCAUAUUUUUAAAGUGUACUAUUAUACUCAUAGGUUUCCAAAACCCUUCAGUGUUUUUGAGAUGACAGAUAAUCAUUUUUCAAAAGUGCAUCAUACGUUAUUGAAUGUAAUGGUUUUUAUUGUAUUGUUUUACUUCAAUUGUUUGCAAGCCUUUGUCCAGUUUUUGAAUCUGAUUGUUACUUAUUCCUAUGCACAUUCACCUUUGCUGUCACCUUCUGAGAAUAGGGAAAUUCAUUUUAUACUUUUAUUUUUUAUUCCAACUUUUUUUGUACCUGCCCUGCCGUAUUCCUGAGACUGAGGACACCAGCUUUAGUAAACAAAUAAUAUAAACUUUGUACACUGUUUUUACUUGUUUCUUUCAAACUGAUGAAAUAAAAUGUCUUAACAAUA